AUGGAACCCAAAAGCCUUGAGGAGUGGAGAAAAUAUUUUGAGAGUGGAAACUGCAGCAUCUACCAGAUCAUCUUCAAUGCGAUAAGAAUCGCUGCUUUGGAUGACCCAGAAGAGUUCAAACUUCGCAGAAACAAGAUCGUUGAGAGGCUCUACUCUUGCCAAUUCACUGGGUUGUGUUGCUGCUGCGUUGAUCAGACGGAGAAAGAUAUUCAUAGCACCAUUAAACAAGUUUUCCAGGACUGCAAAACUGCAUGUGCUCAUCACAAGAGCACUAAGGUCGUCGAUGAUUCCGCAGUCGGAGGAGCGAGAGUGACCGAUCAGCAGGCCACUGAACCAGGAAACAACGAUGAAGAUGAAGACGAAACUGUUCGCUGUGUUUUGCAGAUUAGGGAUGAGCUUGAGAGCAACGAGCUGACGGACAGUGAAAUCUACGGUUCACUAAAGAAGUUGCAAUUGGUGGUUCAAUCAGUUUUCGUUAUGGAGGCUACAAAAAUAGGGAAAACAAUAAGUAAUCUUAGGCGCCACAGGGCGAAGGAGAUCAGUCUUUUAGCAACAAUCAUGGCUGACCAAUGGAAGUCAAAGAUCGUGGAGUUUGUGGAUAAUAAAACGGCAGGAACUACUGCAGAAAAAUCCAAAAACCCUGUGCCUAGAUUUGUUCUUGACGAGUGGCGAGAAUUUCCUUCUGUUGAAUAUGUUCCUCAGCCUCCAGUGGAGUUCUCAGAGGUAUAA